UGUAUCUGUUUUUUGUUUAAUCAUGAAAAAGUGGUCGCGUCCUUUCUUGUGCAUAUUAAGGGAGAAGACUGGCAGUGCGCUUUCGCAAUACAAUCACACGGCCGACACAACCCCUUAGCGCUGGUGGCAGUUUCCAUUGUUGGGCGACGCUACCGUUCACCGCAAAACCACCGUACGCACAGGUUAUUUUAUUUUUUCAGCUACCGACAGAGGGAACCUAACACCUGACCACUUGCCUGCGCAGGUGAACUUAAAAACGUGAAAGUGCAUUGAAAAGUGAAAACAACGCGGCAGAUUGCAACCCGGCAAACAUUUGCUAUGGCUGCAACUAGCGUUGUGGUGCUGGACAGGGGGAACAACACGACGUGUACGAUCAAUUUGCACGGGGCCACCGUCGUUUCGUGGCGGGUAAACAAUCAGGAACAAUUAUUUGUGAGUAAACAAGCUGUUUUCGAUGGUAAAAAAGCGAUAAGGGGUGGUAUUCCGUUUGUGUUUCCACAAUUUGGACCAUGGACUUUUGGACCACAACAUGGAUUUGCAAGGAUUGUUAGGUGGAAUUUAGAGAAGCCACCAGAGAAACUGGCCAGUGGAGAUGUUGAAGCAAUAUUUUCAAUCAUGGACACAGACUUUACAAGAUCAAUGUGGAACUAUCAGUUCCGCUUAACUUAUAGGUUAAUAUUAAGGGAAAAGGAAUUACAUUUUAACAUAGCCGUUUUUAACCCAAACAAAGAACUGACAUUCAGCUUUAACAUGUUACUGCAUACAUAUUUCAAAGUUCCUGACGUUCGUCGUUGUCAAAUAACGGGGCUGCAGGGCUGCACGUUCAUAGACAAAACGAGGGAGGGCGCCGUCUAUCAGGAGGCCCGCGACGUGGUGACCAUCGGAGAAUGGACCGACAGAGUGUACCAGAACACGCCGCAGGAGCACAUCAUCACGAACGUGGUAUCAGGCAGGAAGAUGCGCAUACAGAAGUACAACUUCCCGGACACCGUGCUCUGGAACCCGUGGGUCGAUCAGGCCAAGGACAUGGGUGACUUUGGCGACGACGAAUAUCCAAAUAUGAUUUGUGUCGAGUCCGGACAUGUGUCUAGCCCUGUGAUACUCAUACCAGGUACUGCAUUUGAAGCAAGUCAAAUUCUUCAAGUCAUGUGAAUAACAAGUACUGCAAUUCCGGCCGUCCCAAUGGCAAUUAUUCUUGUAUUUUAAUAGUAUGGCUCAAGUAAGCUAGGAAAAUACAAGAACUAAGUGUGUAUGUUGAAAUGAAAAGCAAUAGCAAUAUAGUAAUAUGAGUGGUAGAACCACUGUUUUGCAUUCCUCAGAAAAAAAAUAAAACUAGCCUUAUGUAGUAUACGAUUUGUAGUCCUCUAAAUAGUUGUUCUUGUGCAAUAGCAGUUAUGUGGAAAUAUUUUUUUUGAUAGCUAACUUAUUCUUAGAAACCGCUUUUAUCUUUAAAUAAAUUAUUACACAGAAA